AACGUUUUCUUCCCUGCUUGGCCGAAGUCUCCAUAGCCCACUCUCUUUUAAUUUUUAAACGAUAAUCCCACGGCCCCCAGUUGGCCAGUUGUCUCGUCCCUUCUCCGCCGGACGCUUCUUCCUCUCGACUGCGACAGAUCACGCCGCGCCUCUCUCUCCUGUCUUGCUAUCUACCUGAUGAUGCAAUUUUGACGGAGGAGGAGGUGCUCGUAGAAUUUCGGAAUCGAUCGGUGGCGAUCGUGGAGUCAGGUCGGGGAUUCUCGUCGCGCGAGGCGAAUUUCGCGGAGUUUUGGGAGAAUUUUCGGUGUUUUCGGUGAAUCAGCUUUGGAAAAUUAGCAGUCUCAGCUGGACGCUUAGCAAAUCGUGUCGAGGAUCCGUUUUAUUAUUGUUGGAAGUUGAGGUUUCGCGGCGGUAGCCAUGGAUCCAUUUGUUUAAGCUUGGUUGGAACAGCGGAAGUGAAGAUAUUUGAGUCUGAACUUCCGGAUUUUCGAUAGUCUUUUGCUAGUCGUGUAGCUCUGACUCAAACGUUGGGGUCAAAGAUAUUUCAAGGACUAUUGAACAAUGUCCAAAGUGGUGUAUGAAGGAUGGAUGGUGAGGUAUGGGCGGAGGAAGAUAGGUAGAUCGUUCAUCCAUAUGCGGUAUUUUGUUCUAGAGACUCGAUUGCUCGCUUACUACAAGCGGAAGCCUCAGGACAAUGUGGUCCCAAUCAAGACACUUCUCAUAGAUGGCAAUUGUCGAGUUGAGGACCGAGGCUUGAAGACUCAUCAUGGACAUAUGGUCUAUGUCUUGUCUGUUUACAACAAGAAAGAGAAGUACAACCGAAUUACAAUGGCAGCUUUCAACAUUCAGGAGGCCCUGAUUUGGAAGGAAAAAAUUGAGUCUGUGAUUGAUCAGCAUCAAGACUCACAGACAACUAAUGGUAACAAGUAUGUCUCCUUUGAGUAUAAAUCUGGGGCAGAUAAUGGAAGGAAUGGUUCCUCAUCAGAUCAUGAAAGCCAGUUCAGUGCUGCUGAAGAGGAAGAUGAACCUAGUAGUCAUAGCUUGUUGCGAAGAACAACAAUUGGGAAUGGUCCUCCCGAAUCUGUGUUUGAUUGGACAAAGGAAAUAGAUACAGACUUGGCAAACCAGAAUGCUAACAAUCAGGCAUUUUCUAGAAAGUACUGGCGCCUGCUUCAAUGUCAAAAUGGGCUCCGCAUAUUCGAGGAGCUUGUUGAUGUUGAUAUCCUUCCAAAGAGCUGCAGCAGAGCAAUGAAAGCUGUUGGGGUGGUCGAGGCUAGUUGUGAAGAAAUUUUUGAGCUUGUCAUGAGCAUGGAUGCAACACGGUUCGAGUGGGACUGUACAUUUCAAUAUGGUAGUUUAGUUGAGGAGGUGGAUGGACAUACAGCAAUACUCUAUCACAGACUUCAACUUGACUGGUUCCCAAUGCUGGUGUGGCCACGUGAUCUGUGUUAUGUUCGCUAUUGGCGUCGAAAUGAUGAUGGAAGCUAUGUUGUAUUAUUUCGUUCUAGGGAGCAUGAAAAUUGUGGUCCACAGCCUGGCUAUAUUCGAGCUCAUAUUGAGAGUGGUGGAUAUAAUAUUUCCCCUCUGAAACCACGUAAUGGUAGGCCUAGAACACAGGUGCAGCAUCUCAUGCAGAUUGAUUUGAAAGGAUGGGGAGUAGGUUAUAUCUCAUCAUUUCAGCAACAUUGCCUGCUUCAGAUGUUGAACAGUGUCGCCGGACUACGCGAAUAUUUUUCACAAACUGAUGAAAGGUCGGCAGCUCCAAGAAUCCCAGUUAUGGUUAAUAUGACAUCAGCUUCUGUUUCUUCUAAGAGGAAACAAAAACUUCAUGAGUCUUCUCUUCAUCAUCAUCGCAGUCCAUCUCUAGAUCAAAUGAGUGCUGCAAAUAGAAAUGUGUCAAUGUUGGACGAAUACUCUGAUGAGGAUGAAGAAUACCAAGUUGCAGACCAAGAUGUAGAGCCACCUAGUCUUGAGGAUGAAAUGAAAAAGAAUGUGGAAGAAGAACCCAGAGAUCAAAUUGAUCUGUCCAUUUUCUCUGGCAAUCUUCGGCGUGAUGACCGUGACAAUGCUCGUGACUGCUGGAAACUAUCUGAUGGAAACAAUUUCAGGGUUCGCAGCAGGAGUUUUUGCUUCGACAAAUCAAAGAUUCCUGCUGGUAAGCAUACCAUGGAUCUUGUUGCAGUAGAUUGGUUCAAAGAUACAAAACGAAUGGACCAUGUUGCAAGGCGCCGUGGUUGCGCAGCGCAAGUUGCUUCAGAGAAAGGGCUAUUCUCUUUGAUUGUAAAUCUACAAGUGCCUGGAUCAACACACUACAGCAUGGUUUUCUAUCUUGUCACAAAAGCUCUAUUGCCUGGUUCUCUCUUACAACGAUUUGUUGAUGGGGAUGAUGAGUUUCGUAAUAGUAGACUAAAACUAAUCCCAUCAGUGCCCAAGGGCUCAUGGAUUGUGCGUCAGAGUGUUGGAAGCACCCCUUGCUUACUUGGAAAGGCUGUUGAUUGUAACUAUAUACGAGGUCCCAAGUAUUUAGAAAUUGAUGUUGAUAUCGGUUCUUCCACUGUUGCAAAUGGAGUUCUGGGGCUUGUCAUUGGGGUAAUUACAACACUAGUAGUUGACAUGGCUUUUCUCAUACAGGGCAACACUCCCGAUGAGUUGCCAGAGCGGCUCCUAGGUGCUGUCCGUGUUUCACAUAUAGAACUGAAAUCUGCUAUUGUGCCAAGCCUGGAGGGAGUGGAGGCUGAUGCAUUGGAGUAGGACAAGUGAUGACCAUUAUCAGUUUAAUACAUUGAUUUCUUAGAUAUAUACUAAAAUACAUAUAUAAUUUUCAAAAUUUUUUUCUUUUAUUAGUUUUUGUAGUCUGUUAACAUUUUUUGUACAUCCCAGACAGAGUGCAAUAACAGGUUCAAAUUUUGUGUGGAUGGUGUAAAGCAGCAAGGCAUUCCUCGCCAUUUGUUCAUUUUUCAUGUUCUGACAAACACAAUGAAUCAUAAUGAAUCUCACACGUGUUAUCAUCUUUGUAUAA